AUGUCUCUCCCCGUUCUGGCGCCUCGCCUGGCAGGCGUCACGCCGCCGGUCGUCGAAAAGCCGAGUUCCAAGGAACAUACCGAGGCCGAAUGGGAAGCCAAGCGGGAGCUGAUUCAGAAACUGUAUAUCCAGGACAAUCGCAAGUUGAGCGAGACCAUGGCCAUUCUCGAGUCCAAACACGGCUUUGCUGCCACGUGGGUCUACCCUCCUCUCGAAGAAAGGGUGUCCACUCCGGAAUCGUUUGCGGAGCAAUCAACCGACCAAGAUGACGCUGGUGUCGAGGAAGUCGUUCGCAUCCCUAACCGGACCAAGCAAAAUACCGCCCUCUCCCUCCCGCUCCAGGUCUCGCGGCAAGGCCCCUACGCGGGACUCGAGAUCGUUCUGGGCAACGUCUGGAGCUGGAGCCAAGCCAAACUGGAAAGCCACGGACUCUCGUCGGACCCCAUGUCGGAUUAUCUGGCCAACCCGAACCAGCCCCCUAUACAAGACAGCCGGACCAUGUACCGCACCUUUGAACUUGUCUUUGAUCUUUGGAAGCAUGAGCGAGGUGACCUGGCCGGCAUGGCCGCGCGCAAGGGAUUCUACGUCCUCGAAUAUGUCCUGACCGAUGACCAUCCCGACCUCGUCUGGCACAUGCUCGACACCAUCUAUGACAUGCGCACCGGCAACUUCCUACGCAGCAUCCCCUACUGCAAAUUCUGGUACAGCUACGGCAGUGCGUGGUUGCGCAACGUACAUAUCCUCGGCGAGCAGGUCGGAUCGCUUGCGCCGCAGCACCUCUGGCUGUAUGAGCAGCUGAUCUGGGACGGUCGAACGCAGCUACGGAAGGACAGUGACUUGAAGCAACGGCGCGAGCUACUGACAGCCGCGCUUCAGAACCUCAGCAAUAUAUACCAGGCAACCGGCGACUCUUCCACAGCCCACUGCCUGCGUGUCGAGGCACUGACUCUCGAGUUUACACAGAUGGAUUUGGACGACAAGCCUCAAGCCGAGCAGCUCGCACUCCAGCUCCUCAGUCACACCGAAGGAGCUGGCUCCGACCCGAGACUCAACGCACGCUUCCACGCCUAUGCACGCAAAAUGCUCGCCCGCGUACACCAGGAUCGAUCCGACUGGGACGUUGCCGAACAAAAUCUAAAACACGCUAUCUUGAGCCGCGAGACAGCCCACGGAGCGAGCAACAACUUGAGAGUCGUCAGGGACAUGUGGGUGCUGGCCGACCACUACAAACGGACUGGGCGCAACAUGGAAGCAAGAAACGUCGCCGAGGACGCCAUUAACAGGGCCAAGGAUUAUUUAGAGGAUUUGCCGGGAUAA